GCCAACUUCCUCAACAUGCUGCUGCAGGCCAACGACAUCCGCGAGGCCAGCCUGGCCGAGGACGCCGAGUGGUACCACGCGCUGGUGCGCGGCCUGGCCGCCGGCGAGCCCCGCGCCUACCGCGCCGUGCUGGCCUUCGACGCCCACCCGCUGGCCUCCAAGCCGCGCCUGGUGCUGCAGGCCACGCAGGAGAGCCCCGAGAUCCUGCUGCAGGACCUCUCGGCCGCCGCCGCCGGGAACCUCAGCGGCGACGACGCCUGGCCGGACGCCCCGGAGCCGCCGCCGCCGCCGGGCUUUUCCCUGCGGAAGCGGCUCCUCCGCAACGACCUCCGCAGCCUGGAGACCCCCAAGUGGAGCCGGGGCGACGGCUACGUGGGCGACGCGGGCCACGUGCGCUGGUCGCCGCCUUUCCUCGAGUGCCGGGACGGCAAGUUCCUGCCCGCCUGGAUGGUCUCGCUCUCCUCCCCCUUCUACGGGCUCAAGCCGGACCUCAGCCCCGAGCUCAAGGGCAUCGUGCGGCUGGACGUCAAGCUGCAGGACGUGCAGCUCGACCCGUGCGCCAGCGGCACGGGCUGGUUUGCCGACACGCACCGCUGCGACCUCAACAGCACGCAGUGUGUCCCCCAGGAGAGCCGCGGCUUCGUCCUGGGCAGCUACCUGUGCCGGUGCAAGCCGGGGUUUUACGGGGCCGCCGGGCAGCUCGGUGUGUCGGAGGCCGGGGGCCGGCUGGCGUGCCGACCGUGCCGGCCGGGCUGCACCGCCUGCGUGGACGACGCGCCCUGCCUCAUCGAGGAGGACCGGGCGCUGCGGGCGGCCGUGCUCGCCUGCCAGGCCGCCUGCAUGCUGGCCGUCUUCCUCUGCAUGCUCGUCUCCUACCACUUCCGAAGGAGCAAGCGCAUCCGGGCAUCCGGAGUCGUCCUGCUGGAGACCAUCCUCUUCGGCUCCCUCCUGCUCUACUUCCCCGUGUUCAUCCUGUACUUCAAGCCGAGCACCUUCCGCUGCAUCGUCCUGCGCUGGGUGCGCGUGCUGGGCUUCGCCAUCGUCUACGGCACCAUCACCCUCAAGCUGCACAGGGUGCUGCAGGCGUUCCUGUGCCACUCGGCCCAGCGGGGGCCCUACCCGAGCAGCGGGCGGGUGCUGAAGCUGCUGGGGCUGAUGCUGCUGCUGGCGCUGUGGUUCCUGGCGGCCUGGACCGGCGGGAUGCUGGAGAACGCCGACAGGAGCAUCCCGCUGGUGAUCGGCGCCCAGACCGCCCGCGGCCUCCGCUUCCAGCUCUGCGGCCACGACCGCUGGGACUACAUGAUGGUGGUCGCCGAGAUGCUGCUCCUGCUGUGGGGCAGCUCGCUGUGCUUCGCCACGCGCGCCGUGCCCUCGGCCUUCCACGAGCCCCGCUACCUGGGCGUCGCGCUGCACAACGAGCUCCUCGUCUCGGCCGCCUUCCACGUGGCCAGGUUCGCCCUGGUGCCCUCCCUGCACCCCGACUGGACCCUGCUGCUCUUCUUCGCGCACGCCCACGGCACCGUCACCAUGACGCUGGUGCUGCUCUUCGUGCCCAAGUUCCUGCACGCCGGGUCGCCGCUGCGCCAGGAGAUCGCGGCCGAGGUCUACGAGGACGAGCUGGACAUGCGGCGCUCGGGCUCCUGCCUCAACAGCAUCGCCUCCGCCUGGAGCGAGCGCAGCCUCGACCCCGAUGACAUUCGGGAGGAGCUGAAGAAGCUCUACGCGCAGCUGGAAGCGCAGCGGGCGCGGCGCAUGGCGGCCGACAACCCGCACCUGCCCAAGCGGCGCGGCUCCCGCCGCGGCCCGGCCUCCGUCCUGCGCCGCAUCGCCGAGCUGCCCGCGGCCGGCGGCACCAGCCUGCGGCUGUGGGAGGGCAGCCGCCGCCGCCGCCGCACCGCUUCCCUGCGCAAGGUGCGCAGCGCCGAGGACGGCGCGCCGCGGCCCCGGGGCUCCCCGGCGAGGAAGACGGCGGCGGCGAAGGCUCCGGAGGCCUCCGACAGCGAGUCGCUGGAGGCCGCCCCGCUCGUCUGCAAGUCGGCCAGCGCCCACGAGCUGGCGGCCGACAAGCAGCCGCCGCCGCCGCUGCAGAAGUCGCUGAGCCUCGUCGCCGGCGCCCGGGACGAGGCGUUGCUGCUGGCCAGCCGGGCGGCGCGGCAGGACCCCCCCGGCGCCCCCCCGGGCCGCGCAGCCCCCACGGUGUCCCGCGGCGCCGGGGCUCCCGCCAGGGUGGCCGCCGGCUCCCCGUGCCGGGCCCCGGCGCGGCGGCGCGUUGCCUACGCGCCCAUCAAGAGCGCCAGCGCCGACGGGGCCCCGCGGCCGGGGCGGGUGCGCGUAGCGGUGCGGAGGACCCCCCCGGCGCCCCCCGUGCGCCACCAGAGCCUGGCGCCGCCGCCGGGGCCCGGCGAGCUGCUCCGGGAGGAGCUGGCUGGCAGGGAGCGAGCGGCCUCCAUGGUGCUGAGAGCGGAGGCCGCCGCGGAGGCCGGGGUUGGUCCCCGGGGAGCCUUGGUGCCUCCGGCAGCGAAGGGACCGUUAGUGAGGCAGGAGGCGGUUGCAUCCCGGGAGGACGGGGGGGUCCCGCCGGGAAGGAUGAGCCCCAUCGGGAGGGACGAGCCCGCCCGGCCCCGGGAGCGCGCGGCGAGCCGGGAGGAGAGCGGCGGUGUGCCGGGGACGGGGCAGGCGCCGCCGACGCCGCCUUCGCCGGCCGCCCGGGAAACGUGGCCUCCGAAACCGGCGGGGCUGACGCGGAGGGAGACCGUGUGCCCCUGGGAGAGCCUGGAAGCGGAGCGGCUGGCGGGGACGCGGGGCACGCCGAGCCCCCUCGCGCCGGGCGCGGGCAGAGCCGGCAGCGGCGAGGGCAAGGCGGCCGACUUCUGCCCCUGGGACGCGGCGGAGGCUGCGCCGGAGGCAGAGAGGCCGGACCAAGGCGGGAGGGGCCUUUCCAAAUGGGUCAAAAUCCGGCCGAAAUCGGUGGGCUUGCUGAGAGCGUGGGAGAGCGGGAGCGGGCGGCCGGCGGGCAGGCGGCCUUGGGGCAGCGCCAGCGCCGAGGCGACCGCAGCCAAAGCGGCUCCCAAAAGCCCCGAGCUGCCCAAAGUGGCCCCGAGGAGCCCCAGGAGCACCAAGGCUGCGCUUUGCCCCUGGGGAACCGAGAGCGGCGGAGCGGAAACCCGCCCCUGGGAAGCGAGCGCAGCCUCGUCCGACGCCGCAGGAUCGAAAGGCGACGGAAGGGAAACCCGCGGAGCGGAGGGGGAAGCAGGCGCGGGAGACGCCGCCGAGCACCCGGGCACCGGCAGCAAGGCGGAGAUCUGCCCCGGGGAGGCCAGCGAGGUCCGGCCGGGGAAAGAGGGGAGGAAGGGCAGGGAGAAGGGGAAGGACCCUGCGGACAAGCGCAUCACGCGGCAGGCAGCCUUGGCCAGCCCGGCGACGUCCCUGGAGAAGGGGAGCAGCGAGCGGGAGGCCGUCUGCCCCUGGGAGAGCCCGGACCCGGGGGAGCCAGCUGCAAAACCCCGCGCCAGGGGCUGGGGGCUGCUCAGAUCACCCUCGAGGGCGUCGCAGAGCGCGGAGAGCCCGAAGGCGGAGGUGUGCCCGUGGGAGACGCAGGAGCGCAAAGGCAGCGGGAGAGCAGAAAUCUGCCCCUGGGAGAGCCCAGACCCGGGGGAGCCGGCUGCGAAACCCCGCGCCAGGGGCUGGGGGCUGCUCAAAUCGCCCUCGAGGGCGUCACAGAGUGCAGAGAGCCCAAAAGCAGAGGUGUGCCUGGGGGAGACGCAGGAGCGCAAAGGCAGCGGCACAGCAGAAAUCUGCCCCUGGGAGAGCCCGGACCCGGGGGAGCCGGCUGCGAAACCCCGCGCCAGGGGCUGGGGGCUGCUCAAAUCGCCCUCGAGGGCGUCACAGAGUGCAGAGAGCCCAAAAGCAGAGGUGUGCCUGGGGGAGACGCAGGAGCGCAAAGGCAGCGGGAGAGCAGAAAUCUGCCCCUGGGAGAGCCCGGGCGCGGAGGAGACGGCUGCAAAACCCCGCGCCAGGGGCUGGGGGCUGCUCAAAUCCCCCUCGAGGGCGUCGCAGAGCGCGGAGAGCCCGAAGGCGGAGGUGUGCCCAUGGGAGACGCAGGAGCACGAAGGCGGCUGCAGAGCAGAAAUCUGCCCCUGGGAGGGAGCUGCACCUCCCUUGGCUCCAGGAAAAACAAAGCCGGUUCCCAGGGGGGCUUCGAAAGGGGACAAGCGCAUCACGCGGCAGGCGGCCUUGGCCAGCCCGGAGAGGUCCCCGGAGAGGGGGAGCAGCGAGCGGGAGACCGUCUGCCCCUGGGAGAGCCUGGACCCGGGGGAGACGGCUGCAAAACCCCGCGCCAGGGGCUGGGGGCUGCUCAAAUCGCCCUCGAGGGCGUCGCAGAGCGCGGAGAGCCCGAAGGCAGAUGUGUGCCCGUGGGAGACGCAGGAGCGCGAAGGUGGCGGCAGAGCAGAAAUCUGCCCUUGGGAGGCGGCUGCACCUCCAUCGCCUAGAGAGAAAUUAAGGCCGGCUAAAGAUGGUCUGUCCCCGGGAAGCAAAAGCCCAAGCCCAAUUCGAAGUGUUUUCAGAGAGACUGGAGGGAGCCGGUCUAAGGAGGAGAAAGGAAGCAGAGCGCGUGAGUCCGCCGGCCCCCGGGAGCGCACGGGCACAGAGGGCUCCUCCGCCGGGGACGGCGCGGAAAGAGCAGAGUGGCUGGAAGCCACUUCUGGGAAAUCAGAGAGCGCUGGGAGCAUCAAGGCCGAGGUCUGUCCUUGGGAGAGCCCGGACACGGAGGAGCUGGCUGCGAAACCCCACGCUGGGAGCCAGGGUCUGCCCAAAGCGCCCUCGAGGAAAGCAGAGGGCACGGAGAGCCGGCGGGCAGACAUCUGCCCGUGGGAAACGGCGGGGGCCGAUGCUGGCGUUAGAAGCGACGCCUGCCCCUGGGAAGGGCUGGGUGUCCCACCGGAGGGACCAGGCCAGGCGGCUCCCAGCAGGGCCGGGGCAGCAGGAUCGGGCCAUGCUGCAGCCACCUCGGCCCCGGCGGCAUUCGGGAGCAGCCAGCGGGAGUCUGUCUGCCCCUGGGAGAGCCCGGGCGUGGGGGAGCCCUCCCAAAAAAACGGAGCGGGGAAAAGCCCCUGCGAGAAGUCCGAGAUUGCGGAGAGCAGGAAGGCUGACGUCUGCCCCUGGGAAGCAGCGGAGCCCGAGGCCGCGGAGAAGGAAAGCGUCAAACCAGAAGCGCAGCCCCGGGGAGCAGUGCGAGCGGCUGAGCACAAGCCGCUGUGCCGCGUCCUGCCGGGCAUCCAGCCCCCGCGGGGCCCGGGCCGAGGCAGCGGCCCCGGCGCAGCCGAGGUUUGUCCCUGGGAAGCGGAAGGGGCUCCCCCAGCCCCCCAGCAGCCCGGCCCGGACCCCAGCGAACCCUCGGCGGUGUGUCCGUGGGAGGCGGAGAGCGCGGAGCCCAUCCCGGCCCGCCGCGGGCAGGGCACAGCCGGGGAGAGCCCCGGGGAUGGAGGCAGCGGCGCGACCCGGAGCAACCCGGACGUCUGCCCCUGGGAGCAGGAGUAG